AUGAGUGUUUCAAGAACGCCGCCAAGUGGAUGUUCCUCAUCACAUCCAGAUUUAUCCAAAAUACACGAUGAUGUUCCUACUAAUAUUGUGCAAAGGAAACGAAAAUCACCAGAUUGUCACUGUAAUUAUCAAGAAAUACUGUCUGACUUUCAAAAUAAAAUAAUGAGUUCUUUUCAGUCUGUUCUUGAAACCCAAAACGAAAAAAUAAAUAGCACUUUAAACGCAUUACGCGAUGACCUAUUUAUAUUUAGACAAGAAAUAAGUGAGAUAAACGUCACUAUUCAAAAACUAUCGGAGGAGCAAUCGUCAAUCAAAAAAGAAGUUGACCAGUUGAUAUCAAAUAAUAAUAUUAAUAAUCACAAGAUAAAAUCAAUCAUGAAUGAUGCUGAAGAAUCACGAUCAAUUAUUAAUCAUCUUUCUCAACAACUUCGCUUUAAGGAGCAGCAGGGAAGAAUAAAUAACUUGGAAUUAUCUGGGAUACCUACCGUGAAAGGAGAAAAUCUGAUGAGUAUUGUCCAUAAAAUAGCAAAUAAGAUUGGGUUUUCUUUAGCUUCGACGGAUAUUGAUAGCAUACACCGUGUGCAGCGUUUUAUUCCGAAAAACAAAAAGGACGCAGCUUCGUACAAUGGUCAACCCUCACGCGAUUUAUCUUCAAUACCCAAUAUCAUCGUGAGGUUCACGCAAAGACAACGUAAGAGAGAAAUGCUUGCUGCUGUGCGCGCCCGGAGAGGUUUAACCACCGCUGAUGCUGGAUUGGACGGCCCAUCCAAACCAAUCUUCAUAAGUGAUCACUUAACACCAGAUAAUAAACUUUUAUAUAAGCAAGCUCGGCUUCUCGUCAAAGAAAAUAAUUACAAGUAUAUUUGGUUGUCCGAAUGUAAGAUUAUGGUACGUAAAAACGACACUUCUAAAGCCUUACUAGUAUCUUGCCAAGCUGAUCUUAUGAAAAUAAAAUGA